AUGAGAGGCAGAAGCCUGACGGUGACCCUGUUCGGAGAGAAAGAGAGCGAGAGAAGAACUGCUGUCAAAAACAGGGUAGUUGUGCUAAGCAAGGCCAAGGAUAAAUCCUUUGCCGAUAUGGUGCGAGGACUUCGCACGGGACUGGGAGAGAGGAAAGAUGUAGUGGUAAAGCAAAUGAGGAAAACAAAAAGUGAGGGCAUGGUUUUGGAAUUGGACGGUGGAAGAGAGAUGGCUGAGGAGGUCAGGAGGAUCGUCUCCUCGGGCAACACCUGUGUUACCAAAGCGGUAACGAAGGGUGGAGUGCCGAGAAAGAUUAUCUCCCUGAUCGACAUGUACGUGAUAACCACGGUGAAAGACGUGAUGAAUGCGAUAGAGGACUUUGCAGGGAGAAAGUGCGAAGGUGAGGUGAAGGACAUUCGACCGUCACACGGUGGCAAAAUUGCCAGGGAAGAGGUAGAACUUUGCGUAGCAGAGAGAUUAAUCCGGAGGGAGAGACUGAUGGUGGGAAUAAUAUCCUGUCUAGUAAAGGAAAGAGUUUCCAUUGCGAGAUGCCACAGAUGCCAGGCAAUUGGGCACAUAAGAGCGGAGUGUAAGGCAGAGAGCGAGCAUAAGGGUUGUUGGAGAUGCGGAGAAGAGGGUCACAUCGCCAGACAAUGCAAUGAGAGUAAAUUGUGGUUCGCGAACUGUAACAUAGAAGGUCAUAGAUGUCAGGAGUUGGUUGACGAGGCCAGGAGUAGAUCUGCGAACGCGGUGCGGUAG